AGAUGGAGAGAGAGAGAGAGGGAGAGAGUGUAUAACUUUGGGAAACAUUGGAAGAGGCAGCAUCGGGAACAAACUUUUCUCUCUUGGCUGCUUGCUUUUGGACUUUUCACAUUUCAUCAGAGACUUGAGUGUUGACAGAGCGGAAAAACAAGAUGAUCAUGUGUUUGCUUUUAGUUUCACAAUCUUUUCUCUGUUUUUGUGAUCAACAGAACUAGUUUUUGCUUAGUCUUCUUUGCUGAUUAUUGCUCCUCUGUCUGAGCUUUGAAGAAAAUCCUUCCAAACUUUGCUGCAGCUCUUUCAGGGGUGUGAAGCUGGACUGAAGAGCACACACAUACACACUCUUUAACACACACCUGUUGUCGCUAAGGAUUCCCUGGGAGUGCUGUCAUGGGCUUCUGCGUCACUCUUGCUUGAGGGAAUCUGUGCGUCGGUGCAGCUGUUAUCUGGCCGUGGCCUCUUGUGAAUGUUACAGUAGAAGUUGGCCAGCCAGGCGAGGGGUAAGAUGUCAACGUACUACCCGCGCACCAAGGACCUGACUCGCACCAGGAAGUCACUGACAGAGUCACCGCCGUCCUCUCCGUCCCCCACAGACAAAAACUACAGACAUGAAAGAUUGUCAAGGUAUGACUCCAGUGGUGAGAGUGCAACAGACAAACCACUGGGCCGCACCAGCUCUUACUCACGGAGAGAGACUAGGCUGGGUGCUUUGAACAGACAGGAGCAAGACGCCACCACCAAAGACUAUAAGAAGAUGUAUGCAGAAGCUUUGCAUGAGAAUGAGAGGCUCAAAUCCAGGUUGCAGGACAGUAAACAAGAACUUGUCAAGAUACGCUCCCAGCUGGAGAAAGUUACCCAGAGGCAAGACAGAAUGUCAGAGAGAUCUUCAGCACUUGUUUCGGAGAAAAGGGAAAAACAAGCUCUUGAGAAAAGAGUGUCAAACAUGGAGGAUGACUUAAAGCAGGACGCCCCAAUGCGGUUCCGCUGUGGGUACCAGCCCUGAGAGCAGGCUGUCUCAGGGGGAGGGGGGAUGAUCUUAACAGAGCUCAAGUCAGACAACCAGAGGCUAAAGGAUGAGAACGGGGCUCUCAUCCGCGUCAUCAGCAAACUGUCCAAAUGAAAACAUGUCUGAAGCUCCUGUUCUGUGUUUGUGGAUACUCAAUCCCUGAUAUGAACAUUUUAAGUACCCGUGAUGUGACUCCUGUCAUGUGAGCUACAGUGACUGCCUGAUUUAAAUUCCUUUUGGGACUCGUAAACACCUAAGGAGAAGUGUUUAGAUGUUUCAGGCAAAUUUGAGUCACUGCGUUGACAGAGUUACAACAGUUUGAACUUAAAUAUGUUACAUCGUAAGGUUCUUCACAUGAACGAAACAGGGACCAAUAAUACUGUUUAAAUGAGGCCCAGUUGACCAAAUCCAGGGGGUUUGCAUGAAGGUAUUGUUUAUAAUAUUAUUAUACAUAAUCAUCACACUGAGACUUCACGUUUGCUGAGACAUCAUGCACUGCAGAAAAUUAUUUUAAUAGUUUUUCCUAGUUGUGAAAAGGUGAGAAGCUUAUUACGUCGGUCAUUUCUUGUCAUAGCACUUGCCGGUAUGUCAAUUUUUUGGCAUGACAAUAGAUUCAAAGUCUUUCUAAAGUUAACCAAUUCAUUAAUGUAUUCUUAAUAUAUGCCUGUGCAGGUCACUUAAAGGUCACAUUUUAUGCAAAAUACACUUCACCAUGUUUUCCUAACACUAAUAUGUGCCUCUAUUUUCCUAUAAACCCCCCAUUACGAGAAAAGUCCAUCCUCUCCGUCUUUGGCCGGCUUCACUUUUCAGAAAAUUUGUUCUCAAACAGACUGUUUGGAAAAUGUUUCUUCAUGACAUCACAAAGGGCAGUAACGCCCCCAGGUGGGUGACACUCCCAAAGCUAGGUGUUUGUUCUGCCCUCUGAGUCUGCCUUCUCAUCCUCCAUUUGCAUUUAAAGCUACAGACACAGAAACACCGUGUUGUGAGCAGGGCUGAAUUAGAGAGGUUUAUAGUCAUGCUAAAAUACAGAUUAGAGUGGAUUUAUAACGGGAAACUUCACAGACAUGUUUAAGGGAGACUUAUUUAAACUGGUUGAAAAGGAGGAUAAUACGUGACCUUUAAGGGCACCUGAGUAGCAACAAACAUGGAAGCUGCUAUGAGGUGUACUUUUCAUCGCAAUGUUUUGUUCCUGACUAGAGAAAAAUCUUCAGCCUCUACCACACAUUUUAAAGCCUUCAGCUGUUUUCACAAAUUACAUUUUUACUUCAUUAUAACCAUAAAAUAUGCCUCAGGUUUGUUAGUGAGCUGUUCCCACUCACUCCCCUGAACAUUUAUUCAAUUUGAUGCAAAAUUCUAAAAUGUUUUUUUUAUCCAAAUCAAUAGAAAAAACAUCCAUAUUAUUUUUAAGCUGCCCAAGUGAGAGAGCCCUGGGAUAAUUCUUAUGUAUUACAUAAAUGAAGCAAUUUGCAAAACAUUUCCAGCUGUUUUUUUCUAUAUUCCACUCAAGUCUUGAUGACUUCUAAAAUUGCCUUCUUUUUAAAUAAAUGUAUGUUAUAUAUGAUGUCCUCUGUGUAUUUGGUAGCUAAAGAGGACCACAUAUUAGCCCGAAAAGCCAGGGCCAAGGUUAUGCACUUCAAUCGUACACAUAGUCAGUGCUGCUCUUAGGCAUCACUAGAAGAAUGUCAUGUAAUUUAGUGUUAGCUGGAUUCUCUUUAUUAAUUGUUUGGGUAGCUUCCGCAGCCAUUCUUCGGUCUCUUUAGAUUUUUUUUAUCAACUGACCAAGCUUCAAAAACGAAACGACGACAGAGGAGGCCAUCUGUGAGUGUGUGUGUGGGUGUGUGUGUGGGAAAGGAAAUACCUGUGUUAUGUUGUAUUAAAGAGAUCUAUUUAUUUAUUUAUGCAUUUCUUAGUUAAAAAUCUUUAUACUUAGAUAUAUUUCCUUUCAUGCAUAUUUGUUUUUGAACUGUUGUCAAUCUUUCUUUUAGGUGACGAAAACACAAAUGCCAAAAUCAUCCACAAAUAGAUCGCUGCUGACAUCUUAUCCUGUACAAUAUUGUGUGAUCUUAUUAAGCACAAUCCAAUGUUUUAUGAAAUACCCUGUUGCUGGCCCUUUACAUUACAAAUGGUGCAGAUUACUUUGGUGUUAAGCUACUACAGCCACUCAAUUAAAUCCUAACUUCAUUAAACCUAUCAGCUUUCUGUUCAGAUCCUUUUCAAGACCCCAUGUAGCCUACAUUAAAUUCAUUGUGCAUUGUGUUGCAUUUAAUAGAAAUCAUUCGACAAAAUAACUUGUCAUGAUAUAUCAGAAAAUAAAUCCAUGGAGCCUUAUGGAGGUUCUUUAUGAAGCUAGAGGAGUGCCCUCAACUGUACUAUAGUCCUCAUUUCAAUAUGUUCCACUUUUCUACUUUUGUUUCUUGAACUUGGAUGAAACCUUAAGAUGGCUAAUUUGCUCCAUAUUUUUUCCAUUAUAUUUUUACUUCUCCUCCUGGUUCCUUUUUUGUGUGUGCAUUACCAUGGUGUCUUGAAAGCCUGUUUUUGGCAGGGCACAUUUCUUUUUUAAAUGCGUGACACAAUGAUCUAAGUAAUUUAAUUAAUCAAACAAUCUAUCUAAUCCACAAAGAAUUAGACGGAUAAAUGUAUCUCUAGAACAAAAUGUGCUUUUUUCUGUAUCUUAUCUUAUUGGAUGCAUUAGACAAAAAAAAUAAUUUGGCUGUAGAUUUAAUAAGUGAUAAACGGUGUGAUGGGAAUGAUUUUGGCAUUUGUCUUUUCUUCACUUACAGGAUGAAAUGUUCCUAUUGUUUUAUGUGUUUCUUUGAAGAUGUGAUGCUUCUGGAGUCCAAACAGAGCAGCGUGCUGUAACAUCAGUGUUAUAUUUGGUCACAUUUACACUAAAGAUAGAACACAUUGUAUGCUGCAGAAAUCUUGAACUAUGCAAUAUAUUGUUUUGAACUGUGCUGAUGAUAGCUUAAUACACAUACAGCGGUUUACUCACUUUGCUUAAUAAACUGUAAAGGAAAGAUAA